UCGAGAAAAAGAAAUUCUAGGUUAUAUAUACUGAUCUUUUAUACUUCAUCAAUAAAAAUAACGAAUUUUACUAUUCGAUCGUGGUGUAAAAAUAAUUAUCAGAUUAUUUCUGAGUGACUAUGGAAAUAACAAAAAGGGAGAAAGAGAGUGAGAGUGAGGAAAGCAUAAUGAAAAAGCUGAACGAUUAUACUACAUCAGUCUUAAAAACAUUACUGAGAAAUAAGAAACUUCCAACCAGCGGAUUGAAGGAAGACUUGAUAAAACGAUUAUUACAAGCAUCCCAGCAAUGUCCAUUCGAGACAAACAAAUUAAAUUUUAUAUUAAGUAAAGGAGGAGAAAAACAAGCAUCGCAUCAAGUGGAUGCCAUGAGUCUUAUUCACAGAAAGGCUGAAUUAUAUCGGAUCGAGGCUGAAUUAAAUUUGAAAGAAAAACAGCUUGCUGAGCGGGAAUUGGCAUUGGUUAAAAAAGAACUCAAGAACGUUCGACAAACCCAGGUAAAUAUGAAUGCUCGUACACAAGAGAAAAGCCAUUCGGAAAAUCGACGUAGUGAUACUAAUACCUCGGUAUCCAAACGAGAUAAAAGCUGUAUUAAACAACGAACGGAACGUGAGAGAGAUCAGCCGAAAGUGUUGAAGCGUUGUCUUAAUUGUGAUCAACGUAAUUCAGAAGCUAAUUGUCUGCCAAAGUGCAAGGAUACUAAAUAUAACAAGUAUAACAAAAGAGAGGAUGUCAUCUUCAAACGCUAUAAACAUGAAGAAAAAAGGGAUACUUAUGCUACAGAGAGGCCUGAAAGAAGCUAUUUUCGCAGAACCAUCAAAACUGAAACUCCUAAACAUUACUGCUAUCAACGUCUAUCUCGUUCUACGUACUAAUGGAAUUAGGCUACCUCCAUAUAUUAAGACGCUGAUGAUGAAAUCAUUCUGCCAGACGUGAUGUUCAAUCUGUGACUCGUUUAUGAAUUUUUGCGGCUCCUCGGUUCAUAACCAGAAAUAUAAA